UUUCUUCACAUUUUUAUAGAGAGGAGAAAAGAAGAAGCAGAGUUUGGCUAAAGCUCUCUGAGCUGUACAAAGCCGUGAUUUCCAACUCAGUAAGAUCUGCUACUCUUUCUCUCUCUUCCUCGUCUGCACUAGCCGUGGAUCCCUUGGACAUCGUCUUCGGCUCAUGAAAAAGCUGCAGAAAUAGAAGUAUUUCUUGAUAUUCAGCUAAAUUGAGGAUUUUUCUGUAAUAUGACUAUCGCUCCGACUUGACAGAAGAAGAGAUGGCGAAUCGACUGAAGGAAGAUGAGAAAAAUGAGCGAAUAAUUCGAGGUCUUCUCAAACUACCAGCGAAUCGCAGAUGUAUUAAUUGCAACAGUCUGGGGCCGCAAUAUGUAUGCACAAAUUUCUGGACAUUUGUUUGCACAAGCUGUAGUGGAAUACACCGAGAAUUUACGCAUCGAGUAAAGUCAAUAUCAAUGGCCAAGUUCACCUCGCAAGAAGUUAGUGCACUUCAGGAAGGAGGGAAUCAGCAUGCAAAAGAAGUUUAUUUUAAACAAUGGGAUCCUAAAAGUUAUUCUCUCCCUGAUAACAGUAAUGUUGGCAGGCUCCGCAACUUUAUUAAACAAGUUUAUGUGGAUAAAAGAUUCACUGAUGAGAGGACCUAUGACAAAUCACAGAGAGUAAAUACAGGUGACAAGGAUCAUUUCUCUGAAAACUCGAGAGUUCAAUCAUAUCAGGGUGGUCCUAAAAACCCACCAUGUGAUGACACAUAUAAACACCAAUAUAGUGACAGCUCUAGUCUAGGUGGAAGAAGUCCUGGGCAUGAUCAAGAAAGUAGGGAGUAUAGUAAUGAGAAGAGAAGUCUUAGUCAUCCUCCAAUUAUCAACGAUUGGCGCCAAGAAGAUAGAGUUGGAGAUGAGAGGAGGUUUGAAGGUCGUAGAGGAUCUGAUGGAGAUUAUAAGCUGGAAGACCAAUUGCCUGGGCAAGCCAACAACCUAGAUUCUUCAAGUCCACCUGUGGUUCGGUCUGUCAGAGAUAUUUUGGGAGAAAAUGCAGUUCCUCUUCAAAUAAAUGGAACCCCUGAAACAAAUAGUGGAAAAGCUAAUGAUGGCUUAGCUCUCACACAGAGGACUGUAUCUUCCAGUAGCUUCGCAUCCAGCAUUGGAAACCCUGCAGAAGUUAAGCUUGAGACUACUAAGAGCCUUAUUGAUUUUGAUGAUGAGCCUGAGCCUCGGGUAGCUCCAGCAAUUAUUUACACCCAACAAACUACCACACAAUCCAUUGCAGAGCAACCAAAUUCCAGAGAUGACAACAAUUGGGCCUCUUUUGAUGUGACCCUAGAAGCAAAAGCAACUCAAACUCCUUCAAAUGUAAAUGCACUGGAAUCCAUGCUUUCCCAAUUGUCAGUAUCAUCAUCAUUACCGGCUCAUGCUCCUCAAGUCCAACAUGGUUCCAGUGUUGUAACACCUGUUCCUGGGAGGAGUAUGACAUUACAAAGAACUGGGAACCUAUCAUUUUCACCUGCUGGGCCUGCACCAGCACCAUCUCUUACUGCUACUGCCGUUGGAGCUGCAACUAUUAGCAGCUUUGCGACUUUUCCAUCUGGUGGUUCUUCAGCAUUGCAGCAUCCACAGCCUUUGUUCCCUCCCAAUGUUGGUCAGUCUUUGACUCAUCAGUCUACACCACAACCAAUAGGAGAAUCGAAUAAUCAGCCAUGGAGUAUGCCUCCAGCUCCAACAAUACAUGGCCAUCCGAGCAUGUCACUGCCACAUGUAUCCCAUCUUAUCUCUAAGCCUGCCACUGAGACUAGCUCCAGUGCUGCUCCAGGACUGUCUGUUGAAGUAAAAUCAAGUGGAAGAAAAGAACUUCCUGAGGAUCUUUUUACUGUAAAGUAUUAUUGCUUCCCUGCUGCAGUUCCAGGAUGGCAUAUGGUCCCACCUCAGGGCAAUGGAAUCUCAAUGCCAUAUAAUACUGUGGUAAUGCUAUUGCAAUCCAACUGCAUGUGCAUACAGCCCAUGCCAAAUCUUCAGCGACCAUCAAAAUCAACAAACCCAUUUGAAAUUGGCAAUGAACCACUUCCGGUUCAAACAACUUUUCCUUCGAGAUCAUCCUUGCAACGUGGUCUGCCAAGUGUAUCAACUUCAGGUUUAAUGCUUCCUUCAAGCCUAAGUAAUCCAUCACUUGCAUGGAAUCCGCACGGGUAUGGAUUAGUGCAGCCUCCACUAACACAGCCUCAUCCAUUAGCAAUGGCACCAAGGCCUUACACGGGGCAACAAGUGCGAAUGAACAUGGCAAUGCCAAGGCAUCAGCAUCAGGAAAUUCGGAGCUUUGGUGCCGAGGGAGCUGCUUUUGGCUUCACAAGCUCAGAUCAGCAUCUGACUGGUACAUUCUCAGCCCCUCCUUCCUCAAACCUCUCUUCUGCAGGAAGGAAUCCAUUUGGAUGAAGCCAAGAACCUAAUCUUGUUGCUCUCUGUACAAAUCGUCAGAGAGGUUUGUGGUUUUCCAUUUUCUGUCAGUUAAAAGCCAAUCACUCAGUGUGAAUAGUGAUUUUCGUUGAGGGUCAAAGUACAAUAUCUCC